CCAUUUUCGACACAACCCCGGGUUGCCAGGCCCACAUGCUGGUCGCGACGGCUUCCAGCCUCUGGGAGGGUCGCCCACAUCCCGGGACUGSCCGAACAGGCACCGAAUAAAACGGACCUGCGGCUCAAACCAAAAAAAUCACUAUCUGUCCAUUUCUCACCGGCGGACGCUUCCUGAAUGGAAACACCCCGCGGCUCCGCCACCGGGCCGCCCCCCUCCGAGAUGAUUCGCAGGAAAGAUGCCCCGCUCUGAAAAACCUCCUUUGACCUUCGGAUCUUUUCGGCAACGGCACCGAGGUUUCGCGACGCCUCGCCGCGACAGGGCGCGAGCCGCCUUCACUUGACGCAGGUGCUCCGGCUGCGUUAUUAUCACACCGCCGCUAGUCUCUGAUUUCACCACUUAAUCAAUCAAGACCGAGGCAGAUGCUUCUGGCUCUGUCAUCCCGGCUCGUACUAUGGUGGAGUUUCCAUCUCUCAGCCCUUACUGGCCUCUCAUCCGCUUUCUGGUGCCGCUGGCUAUCACCAAUGUUGCCAUCGACCUCGGGGAACAGGCUCUCAACAGAGGCAUAGCCAGGGUCAAGGAGGACACGGUGGAAAUGCUGGCCAGCUAUGGCUUGGCGUACUCCCUGAUGAAGUUCUUCACUGGCCCCAUGAGCGACUUCAAGAACGUGGGCCUGGUGUUCGUUAACAGCAAGCGGGACCGGAAGAAGGCCGUGCUCUGCAUGCUGGUGGCCGGGCUGGUGGCGUUUAUCUUCCACAUCUUGAUAGCUUACACAGAUUUAGGAUACUACAUUAUUAAUGACCUCCACCAAGUGGAUGAAGCUGUUGGAUUCAAGACGAGGAGGGCGUUCCUGUACCUGGCUGCGUUUCCUUUGCUGGACGCGAUGGCGUGGAUUCAUGCAGGAAUACUUCUCAAGCAGAAGUACAGCGUUAUUGUAGGCUCUGCUUCCAUCUCUGACGUUGUGGCCCAGAUUGUGUUUGUGGCCAUUUUCCUGCACAGCAACCUGGAGUGUGUGGAGCCUCUGCUCAUCCCCAUCCUUUCGCUCUACAUGGGGGCUUUGGUCCGGUUCACCAUCGUUGGUAUCGGUUACUACUGCAACAUUCACGACAACAUACCGGAAUCCAGUGGGCUUGAUGUGGGGGGCGACGCCACCAUCAAAAAGAUGCUGACUUUCUGGUGGCCUUUGGCUCUCAUCUUGGCCACUCAGCGCAUCAGCCGACCCAUCGUCAACCUCUUUGUGUCCCGCGACCUCAAGGGGACAACUGAUGCCACAGAGGCCGUCGCGGUGCUCACGGCUGCGUACCCUGUCGGCCACAUGCCCUACGGCUGGUUAACUGAACUCAGAGCGGUUUAUCCUGCCUUUGACAAAAACAAUCCCAGCAACAAGCUGAACAUCGGCAGCCCCGUCAACAAGUCGCACAUUAAAAAGUUUACAUUUGUGUGUCUGCUUCUGUCACUGACGUUUUGCUUCAUACUGUUCUGGACCCCUCACGUGUCGGAGAAGAUUCUGGUCAGUGUGAUCGGAGUGGAGCAUGCUUUCGCUCAGCUGUGUGUGGUCCCGCUCAAGAUUUUCUCCUUCUUUGUGCUGCCAGUCACUAUUCGAGCUCAUUUGACGGGAUGGCUCAUGACCCUGAAAAAGACCUUUGUGCUGGCGCCCAGCUCGGUGCUCCGUAUCGUUGUCCUCAUUAUCAGUCUGGUUGUGCUGCCUUAUAUGGGGGUUCACGGGGCCACACUUGGAGUUGGUUCCCUCCUAGCAGGUUUCGUCGGGGAGUCGGUGAUGGUUGCCAUAGCAGGCUGCUAUGUUUAUCGAAAACAGAAAAACGAGAUGUCCAACGAGUUGGUGGUGGAGGCCGAGGACUCUGCCCCGAUGAGCGAGGCGUACUCCAGGAACCAGAUGGACGCCAUCGAGGAGCUACAGGAGGAUGAAGAGCAUGAGUGAGCUGUGGGAGAAGAGACKUCAGGGUGGAGUUUUGUCCUGAAGAGGAGGCCGUGUUCGAGUCCUGGACUGGAGCUUGGUGUCGGAGGUUCUAUUAAAACGCACAUUGUACAGAAAGCCAUGCACCUCUGAUUGUUGAUGCGUCAGUGUAAAUUGUAACUUCUUCAGACCUUUUCUCUUCAGCAGCAUCAUCAUGUCUGUGGCUGUGACAAACUUUCUCGUGUUUUACCAAUAAACGAGGCAAAAAACAAAAGCAAAACAAAAAAACACGAGAACUCCUCCUCCUCAGCAGCAAAUGACAAAUCAUGCGAUAGAGUUGCCAAAAUACAGAGAUCAUUUCAUGUUACUUUACUAAAGAUUAAACUGUAAGAUCGUCUGGAUCACAGGAGAUGUAAAAUCUUGUUGGGUUGUGCAAUCGUAUUUGGCAUACAAUGUACAGAUUCUUGUUGUGUAUAUUUAAGUGCCCGAGGGGGUUGGGAAUCCCUCCUCAUACCAACCACUGCGUGUUAGACUACAGUUAUGAUUGUUCACUUUCAAUGCAGUUUGGGAGUUAGAGCUACUUUUUGUCUUGCCAAGCAUUAUCCCCCUGUAGUUUUCAGACUGUCGUAUGUACUGUAUAUACUGUAUAGGCAUUCUUAUUUGCAAAUAAAUUGCUUUAAUAUUAAGGUGUGGCUCUUCACUUGCUCCUGUUUAUAAUUAAUUCAAAAGGAAAAUAUCUGAAAUGUGAGCAAAGUGUCAYUUGCAGACGUAGCGUGGAUGUUCAGGGGAAUAAAAAAGUCAAAACUG